AUCACUGUCAGUUCGGCUUGUCUCGACGUGAUGUGUGCUAUAAGUACUCUAGUCUAGCAUCGCUAGACCGGUUUCACCCUACUCGCAUCCCCCGGUUCCCAGUUCGUCAGUGGGAGCCUUGUUUCUAGCCAUGUACUUUCCUGUCAAUGUUGUUCACUUCGUCCUUGCCGUUGCUUUGUUUGGGUUCGUGAUGGCUCUGAGGUACAGACGUCCCCACUUGGCGCCGCCAGGUCCAGCAGGUUGGCCAUUCAUCGGUAACUUACUGGAUCUGCCUACGUCCCAACCUUGGAUCGCCUUCGCGCAAUGGAGCACACGGUGGGGUAACAUCAUGCAGCUCGACCUCUUGGGGCAGCCCUUGGUCAUCGUGGGUUCGCACCAGACGGCAGUCGACAUGCUUGGGCGGAAGACCUCAAUGUACUCGGAUAGACCUCGCUUGACCUUCUUGGGACGGCUGGUUGGGUGGGACCGCAUGACGGCCUUACUUCCCUUUGGUCCUCGUUGGCGUGAGACCCGUCAACUCUUUGCCCCUGCUCUUGGCAGUCGCGCCAGCGUCGUCGCAUUCGAGCCUAUCAUGAACGUUCAAAUCACUCGCUUCUUGCCUCGUAUCAUGCAGAGCCCCAACAAGAUCGUGGAUCAGGUUGUAAGGACUGUAGCUGCCACGACCUUGAUGAUACUUUAUGGCUACGACCUUCGCGAAGACGACAAUACCUUUGUGGACAUCGCCCGCGUCGCAAUGCCCGAAUUCUCUUCUGGACUGUUGCCCGGCUCUUACCUGGUCGACCUCCUUCCUAUCUUGCAGUACGUUCCGUCAUGGAUACCGGGCUCAGGGUGGAAGAAGUCAGCGAAGACCUACAAACGCGAUCUUAACACGUUGCUGGAUACUCCAUACGAAUAUGCGAAGCAAGAGAUAGCGAAAGGCAGCACCUUCCCCUCGUUUGUAUCCCUUUGCCUUGGCGAGUCUCCCGAUGCCGAUCGAGAGGAACUCGUCAAGACAGCGGCGUCGUCACUCUAUGUUGGUGCUGUUGACUCGACUAGUUCCGCUGUGACGACUUUCUUCCACGCUAUGGCAAAGUAUCCCGAGAUCCAGAAGAGAGCUCAGGAGGAGAUCGAGCGCGCUGUCGGAAACGACAGACUGCCCUUAUUGCAGGACCGGCCCAAUCUUCCCUACAUCGAUGCCAUUGUAUCCGAAGUGCUCAGAUGGAAGUCGGCGGUUCCUCUAGGCAUGCCGCAUCGCUUGCAGCAGGAUGACGUACAUGACGGCUUCUACCUCCGUGAAGGUACUAUCGUGGUGGCGAACAUUUGGCAAAUGCUGCAUGAUCCGGAUACAUAUGCGCAGCCCGAGGUGUUCAACCCAGAUCGGUUCAUUGCCUCAGAGAAGAACGCUGCUGAGACGGACCCGCGCAAGAUCAUAUGGGGUUUCGGUAGACGCUCGUGCCCCGGCUUGUAUCUCGCGGACACGUGCAUAUUUCUUGCCGUCGCACAGAUCUUGGCGGCGUUCAAUAUCACGACACAAGAAGAGCGUGAUAUUCGAGAUGAUGACUACACUACCGGGAUCAUCAGUCACCCUGGGCCCUUCGAUUGCACCGCUACCCCACGUUCGGCGAAGGCCGAAGUGCUCAUCCAUUCUGUAGGCCUGAGCUAAAUCAGCAGGAGACCUGCAAAUACCUGGCAAACACGCCACUCACCAUCAUAUAAUGAACGAUCCUGACAAAUCCUGCCACGAUCAUAUAACUUAUUGCUUUCGUUGUACCACCCAACCCACCGAAUUCUCUUGUUAUCGUAUUCACAUAGAUACCAUAAAAUACUUAGCAACUUCGUAGUCACCGAUUCGACGCUCGCACAGC